CUCAUGCCUCGGCAAAGGAUACGUCGUCACGCAGAGCGUCAGUGGGCAAUGGAGAGAGCAGCAAUUAUCUGCCGUUGGACGUGGCUGCAGGCUCAAAUCUCUGACUUGGAAUAUCGAAUAAGACAGCAGACAGAUAUCUACAAGCAACUUCGUGCUAACAAGGGCCCAGUAGUCCUUGGUGGUGACCAGCAGCCUGAAGACUUGAUGAAGCAGCAGGGCCGCUUGGGUUCUGUGUCGCUGCUGACCUCCAAAAAGAAUAAAUGGCUCUCGCAUUCUUCAUCUUCCAUCCCAAAAUGCCCUACAGGAGACACUAUUCCAUCCUUUUUCUUGCAUAAUGUGAGGAAGCAGAGCUCUGGCCUUACGCAGUCUUUAGGAAACCCUAUGUGUCAAAGUCCCUCCUGUACCCCCAUCAGUGGGUCUCCAGGACCCCGCAAAGCCUGCUCCGCGUCACCCCACCAAGUCAACGGAGUAUUUAACUGUUUGCACACUGGCUCCUCCAGCAGCAAUUCUCUGAUCAGCUUGAACGUUGAAGAGAUACUUGGUAAACAAAACCAGCUUGAUAACGUUGUUCCUGCAUCAUCUAUAUCGGACAGUACCUGCAUUGCUGCUAGAAUCCGCCCUAUUUGCAAAUAUAAGAAACGCAUGCUUGUCCGAGCUACCUCUGUGUCUCACUUGAGCAGGAAGCCACUGAAACCUCUCACCAUGAAGUGCAGCUGUGAAUGGCCCAGCUCUUGCAUCUUGUGUAGCUGUAAAACCUCUGUCCAGACAGUAGAUCCUGAGACCAUGUCAUUAGGAGAGCGUAUAGCGCUACUGGAUUCUGGCUUCCAUCCCAUACUCUCUUUAUCUCAUGGCAACCCUCUCCACUUGCACUUUGAAACCUUAUUAAGAGAGGAUAGACUGCAUAGGCUACCGAGCUGUAAAGUCACGACUCUGAAGAUGUCCCAUUUUGGAAAGAAACAAAAUCCAGCUGGCAGCCUGUUUCCAAAGCUAUACUCUUCACUUCUGUCUGCCUCCAGUUCAUUGUUUAAAGGGGAAAGGCAGCUUGAAGGAACAUACAGUCACAGCUUUCCUGUUUCCAGUCCUCAGGCACAUAAAAAUAGUCUUUUGCACCACUCACCGUCCUUGUACCCAGAGACUCCUCCAGCCCCUUCUUCCAGCCAAAUCCCUUUCACUGGCAGCUCAACAAUGCAGUCCUCAAAAAGAAGAAAAGUGGAAUGUUCUGACGACAUCAAUAACAUUGUGAUCCCAGUGUCAAUGGCAGCAGCCACUCGGGUGGAAAAGCUUCAGUAUAAAGAGAUUGUGACACCAAGCUGGAGGACAGUGCCGCUCAAGGAACUGGAGCCUUUCAAUCCAGUGGAUUUUGAGUUGGAGGAUACUUCUGAUGAGAUGUACUUGAGUCAUCACUCCAAAUAUGAAGAACUUGAACGAGCCCGCUGGGAUUCCUGGGCAGCAGCUAUUUCCCAUAAGCGAGGAAGCAGGUCCUCCAACAAAAUAGAUGGCCGAUGGACUGGGCAGCCUCAGCCAGCAUCUCCAGUUACUGGACUUAAUUGCCUUAAUGAUGCGUAUACGCGCUCUUCUAUUGGCUUGCACAACCCUGAGACUUACAACAGUUUGCAGUCUCGCUCCAUAAACAGUAGGACCAGAACGGUGCUGUCCUGCAAUGAAGGUGCCAGAUCUUGCCUCGAAACGUUAGAUGAAGCAAUAUGGAACAUACAGCCUUGGGAGCCUCGCACGUUUCCACUUUCAGAUGCGGCGUACCAAGCUCUUCUGCAGCAGUCAAAUGAAGAUAGCUCUAAACAGGCUGGUUUUCAACCAUGGGCGUCUAGCCAUAAGCAGGGCAUCAGGCCAACCUCUGUAGACACUGCCAUAUGCAACUUCAGGGAGAUGCAAUUUUCAAAGACACACCUGCAAACAGAUGGCAAUAAAAACAUGGAGGAAUUCAUGGUCCAGCAGUACAACCCAGGACAGCUUGUCAUCAAAGAUAAACCUGACCAGUGGUGUCUGAAGUGUUAGAUACUCGUGCGCCAGUAGCAAAAGGCUGGCUGCUGAACUGGUGCAGUGGAGAAGCAGCAGCGUGUGGCGCUGCUGGGCAUGAGACCUAGUUUCAGCAGCAGAUGUUCCCAGAUCCAGGAGGGGCUUAGGCACCAGGCAGAGCUAUGGUGCUGGACCUCUGAGGAGGUGGUGCUGUUCAGAAAGACCAGUCUCUGAUCAGCUCUGGUAAACAAGGCUCAGCUGCCUUGUCACAAGGUUAGGUGCUGCUACAGACACAGCAACACUGGGCAAUACACAGGAAAACCGAGUCAGGUAAAAGGAACUCCAGUGAUUGAAAGGAGACGGAAUUGUUUGAUCUUGAUCUUUGUAAAGGUGUCUACCAGUUGGCCAUCAGGUGCUUAGUGGCUAGAGGCAGACACAUGAACAGGUUUCAGGUAGUGCUCAUCCACUUUCAGAUCAAUUUACAAAUGCCACAGAAGGUCUGAGGAAGUCUUACUGUGAAUUAGGCAUGAACCAGAGGCCUCAUGAGGAAGGAGAAAGCCUUUCACUAGUGCUGGUUGUUAUUUACUCUUAAAUACAUGAAAAUCAGGUUCCCCGUGCCUUGCACAAGUAAAGUUUUGUGUCAGCUUUCUUCAAAGAAACUGCAUGCCCAUUUCAUAACAGUUGUCCUACAGUAUCCUUGCUGUAACAAAAUUUAUGGGAUAAAUAGAAAUUUCUCUGAUUUUUUUGUAACUUUUUCAGAAUUGCCUUCUCGUGGGAGUGAAGCCAUUGUCUCAGGGAUUUUAGCAACAAGCCACUGAAAAGCAAUACAGCUCGGGAAAAAUGUGCAUUCUGUAAAAGGGACCUAAAGUUGUCCGCUGCUUCAAGGUGAGCAGGGCAGUAAGCCGUUUUCAGGGAACGCACUUGGUGGGUCUGAUAAGUGGCCUAUCGGAAUGUGUCAAAUCUAAUACUGCUGUUUAGAAGGACUUGGAACUGUAUUAAGUUAACUUAAUACAGGGGACAGGACAGGACUUGGAACAGGGGUAUGUUCCAGCUUAACUAAAUCUUCUCACUUGAAAUAAUUGUCUUUAGCAAAGGAUGUUUCUCUUUUGCAUUCUACAGCUGAAAAAAAAUAAAAGUUCUUAUUCCCAGUUUGUUGUGGAAUAUACUUGCUUUGCAGCCUCUAAAAACGAUCUGUGAAGUUUAGAUUUCUGGAUGUUUGAUUGUUCUCAUCAUUCUCUUUUAUCUCCAGAAGUGUUCUUCCUUACAAGUAUUUAUUUCUGGGUUGGAGUGUUCAGGGGCGGUGGGAAUACUACAAAACUAAAGUGAAGGCAGAGACACUGUUUUUGUACUGAGAUUGUGAUUCUGAUGAAGAGGUUUUUUUUGGCUGCUUUUGGAACAAAUAUUAAAUAAAGUGGCAGUCACAUGCAGGAGUGCUGCCUGGUCACAUUCUGCAAGGUAAAUGGCAGGAUUCAGCAGUGCCCCGUGUAAGAGUCGGGUGGCCCAGAGACUAUUGGGACACCCUGCCUUUUGCCAGGGAGAUCUGGUCCACCGCUGUAAUGGUGCAGUGGUGUGCUACCCACAGCCUACAAACGGGUAACUGCAACCUGGCAGGCAGAAGUAAUUACCUAGUUUGUACCGCAAUGUGUACACAUGGAGGGAAAUUAUAAAGACUUCAAAAAGCAAGUAAAAAGCCCAGAACUAAGUGGAGCACUGCCACACCUGGGUGCAGGUUCCUGUUACUGCUUGAGUGGACCAAGGGCUUUGCUAUUUCAUGUUGGUUUGAAAACAUGAAAAUGGGAGAAACACUCACCUUCAUCUUUUUUACUUUUCUAGAGUUAAGUAGAGGAGUGAAGCAUAUAAGUGCACUAAAGUUUCUUUAUAUAAAAGUCUGUCAUAUGGUGUAAUUUAUUCAGGGCUUUUUUUUUUGCCUGUCACUUUUUCAAUGUUUGCAUUGUUUUGAAUGGUUGGAUUCACAGAUAAAGCAGAUUAGCAGAGACUCAAUCAAGGCCAGAGCGUUUUAAAAAGAGGAAAUGUCGGGAAAUUGCUUCAUAAUGAGUCAGAAAUAUAUUGGACUAGAUGUGAUUAUGAAACGAUAAAUAAAACUU